AUGGAUUUCAAUCCAUUUCAAGACUCUGCCAAAUUUGUUGAAUUACUUAAUAGUCAACAAAAUGUUGUCUUUGGAAGUCAAGGAAGUGUUUCGCUCUCUACAACGCAAGCUCCUUUCGUAAGCACUCAAGAAGAUCCAAUCAUUGCUGACGAGCUUCCAGCAGAGCAUAAUCCCCGAAGGACUUGGACGCCAACAGAUGAUAUAGUGUUGAUCAGCUCGUGGUUGAACACGAGCAAAGAUCCCAUUGUUGGGAAUGAACAAAAGUCAGGGGCUUUUUGGAAGAGAAUUGCAGAUGACUUCUCGGCGUCUCCUAAGAUAGCUGGUUCUGAAAAAAGAGAAGCAUCUCAGUGCAAGCAGCGUUGGCACAAGCUGAAUGAUUUGGUUUGCAAGUUUUGUGGGGCGUAUGAAGCAGCAACCAGGGAGAGAACCAGUGGUAUGAACGAGAAUGAUGUGCUUAAAUUAGCCCACGAGAUCUUCUUCAACAACUACCAAAAGAAGUUCACCCUUGAGCAUGCGUGGAAGGAGCUUCGCGCUGAUCAGAAGUGGUGUGAACUCUCCACAGCCAAAAAUGGAAGCAGCUCCAAAAAAAGGAAGUGUGAGGAUGAAAACAAUGCUUCUGGAGAUGAAGAGUUCACAUCUCGUCCUCCGGGUGUUAAGGCAUCAAAGGCCCGUGGAAAGAAGCUAGUGGUUGAUAGGAAAGUGUUCUCUGGCUUCCAGAAUAUCUGGAGUUUCAAGAAAGAAUAUCUGGAGUUUGAAGAAGGAGGACUUGGCAAUGAAGGAAAGGCUCUCGAAGAUGAGGAUGCUUGA